GCUGUUGAACGGAUUAUUCAACCAAUCAGAGCUCGAAACUCGAGCACAAUUAAUGAUAAAGCCGGAUACAACAAACAGAUAUAAAGCACACACAGAUAUAAAGCAAUAGUUGUGUCUAGGUGUGCGAAAGCUUAAGAUCUACCCGUUCUAACAACGAUCCACCAUCUGUAUUUCGUUGUCGAUCUGGAAACAAUUGUUAGUUCUUUGCACUGCUCACAACAUCUAAAAAACACGAAUCUUCAGAUCUUGUCUUCAACGUUCUCAACGUCAGUGUGUUUUAAUUGUAAUAAUGUUUGAAGGUGAUAUAAAUGAUCUCCCGUCACAAGUGUUAUGUGAAAUGUUCGAUAGGUUAUCUUUGGACGAGCAAAACAUAGCAAAAGGGACUUGUAAGCUUUGGCUUCACAUUCUAAGCAGCGAUUAUUAUCUGCGAGCGCGACGGUUCAUUCUCUGCCCGGAAAACACAUCUUGUGGUGAGGAUGAAACCAGAGUGUGGAACCUAAAGAAGAUGAAACGCUACCGAUCAUUCGCAAUAAGGGAUGCAACAGUGACGAGGUCUACUGGCUCCCAAUUCUGGGCCAAUCUGCGGACAUUCCUGUCUACCAAGAAAGUGAUGCUCCAUAUUGAGGAUCUGCAGCUGAGAAUGCAUAACUACUCACUCGGCGAUGUGUUGGGGUUUGUGGAUCCUUGGAGUUUUCCCAGUCUCAAAACAAUCAGCUACCGUGCAUCAGUAUGGAUUGACCGGGUGGAUAUUUACCCUGGCAACCUGAGGGCUCCAAAGUUGAGGCACCUGCAGCUGGAGGACGCAAAUAUGACGAUUGCCCUUUACGUGAUGAGGUUCAGCGAGCAAAUCGAUGAACUGACUGUACGGUUUAGCGACAAAUUUAUGUUGUUCAGAACGAUUGCAGAUUGGGAAUUUUCGAGCGUACGAAGCCUAACGCUUUGCACCACAAACGCUCUCCACCUGCCUAAACUUAUACAAUAUGUUGAUUUUGGCGAUCGUCAUAUGCGAAUUUUUGCACGACUGAACUAUUUGAAAAUAAGCGAUAAAGAGAACAUAUUUUUCUCGGCCUAUAAGGAUAUUUUUCGAGCCUCGAGAAAUUUGGAAACAUUAAUUGUCGAAGGCCAUGAAAUGUGCGAAGAUUCGUUCAACGCUAUAGGCGGACUCCGACGACUGAAGGAACUAUGUUUGCUUGUCGAUAUACACAGAUACUGGGACUUGAGAAAGUUAAGCUUGCUGGAGCUCGUAACACUGACAACGUAUGUCGGAGUAAUUGCUCCGCUUCGAAAUGCACCGAAACUGAAACGUUUGUACAUUAAGAACAAAAUCUUGCGCGGAAAAUAUAUGUUUGCCAUGGAUGAUCGGCACAACACAUACAUACGAGCAAUCAGUCAGAAACUGGAAUAUCUUCACAUUCAUGGAGUGGAAUUGGACGACACGCUUUGCAAUCAGAUUUGCGAACUAACAAAUCUGAAGACCUUGAUAAUGGAACAAGUCGAAGUGCAAGAUGGUGGAAUUCGUCAAAUUCUUCGUACACUCUACAGACUGCAAAGUUUUCACCUCAUUCGGUGUAAGGUGGUGAAGAUGGUUUCGGUACUCGAUCAUUUCCGCAACGCGCGUCUGGCAGCCGAUGAAGGCUUCGCGGACGAAGACAACAUGGAUUUUCUCGAGGACAUGAAGUGUACGUAUCCGCGUUGCGAGAUUGCAACCGUUGACAACAAGUUGGAGAUCCGCUUCCACUGUGAGCUGCCAAAUUUCUUCGAGUUCGGCAUGCAUAUGGUCGCCUUACGCCGUGUUGUAAAUCGUAACUUUGUGUAGUGCAAUAUCUGGGGAUUUCUUGUAAAGUUUUGUCCUUUAUUCGCGUUAUCAAGCCGUUAGAGCAGAAAAGUAUUAGAAUAUGAUUUUAAAAAAAAUUGUGGAAACAGUUUUUAAGCAUCCAGUUUUUAAGCAACUUAGGAUUUAUCUAAUUGAUAUGCGAAGACAAAAUUUAUUAUUGACAACCAAUAUAUAUAGAUAAUGAAUGUAUUUUAACGAAAAACAAAACGAUAUGAAUCGUUUACUGUAGGUGUCGUUACUAUUUGUUGCGUAAGCUCGAGCAUAGUGUUAGGCAUGAUUUAAUUAUAAGUAGUAAAACACAACACGAGAGGGUCCACUGUAACAUUCAGUGGAACCGAGUUUUAAAAAUAUUUACUAUUUGUUGCGUAAGCUCGAGCAUAGUGUUAGGCAUGAUUUAAUUAUAAGCAGUAAAACACAACACGAGAGGGGCCACUGUAACAUUCAGUGGAACCGAGUUUUAAAAAUGUACCACACGAUUGUAUUUUAAGUUUGAUCUCAUUCCUUUCUGAUAUUUUGUAUUGACUAUGUCGACUCAUUAUUAUAUUAUUUGUAUGAUUAUUUUUUUGUAGAAAUAGUAAAGUGUAAUAAAUAUCUUAUGU